AUGUGGAGGAAGUCAGUGUCGAGAGCCAUGAUGGAGAAGGGGUUCUCCGUAUCCCCCCAGCAGUGCGAAGACAAGUUCAAUGAUCUCAAUAAGCGCUACAAGAGGGUCAACGAGCUUCUAGGGAAGGGGACAGCAUGCAGGGUGGUGGAGAACCAAGGCCUGCUCGAUUCCCUGGACCACCUCUCCCCAAAGGCCAGGGAGGAAGCGCGCAAAUUACUCAACUCCAAACACCUGUUUUUCCGCGAGAUGUGCGCUUACCACAAUAGUGGGGCUGCUGCCCAUGCGCCUGCAGCCUUUCAGCCUCAGCCUCAGCCUCAGCCUCAUCAUCAGCAGCAGGGACAGCAUUGUUUCCACCACCCUUCACACCCGCCCCUCAGUUUUCCUGGAGAAGCAUUCUUUGUUAGAAAGGAGGGCCGUAGCAGCGGUGGCACGUUAGGCGGGAUGGAUGAGGAGGAAGAUCACGAUAACAGUAAUAAUGGUAACGAGACUGGAGAUGACGAUAACGAGGAAGUAGAAGAUGAUGAAGACGAUGAUGAUAAUGAUUAUGAUUAUGACGACGAUGAGGAUGAUGGUGUCCAGAAUCAAAGAACCAAACACCACCACCACCACCAGCAGCAGCAGAACCAAGGAGGCAUCGAUAACAAGAGUGAAUCAAAAAUGGCGAGUGCGACUUGUAUGUCAUUGCGGAUGAGAUCCCUCUCAACAUCCCCCCCUCUCUCACUGUCCCUGACAUCAUCAUCACCUCCGGUGGCAAUGGAACAGCUGAGAUCGGAUCUGAUGGGAUCCUUGGCCAGCUUGGGUGGGGAGCAAGAGCAGAGGCAAUGGCUAAAGAGGAAGGCUGCAGAGCUGGAAGAGCAGCGUAUGGGAUAUCAAAGCCGAGCCUUGGAACUUGAGCGACAGCGAUUCAAAUGGCUUCGCUUUAGCAGCAACAAGGAAAGGGAGAUGGAACGGAUGAAACUCAGCAAUGAACGCCGCUGCCUGGAAAACGACCGCAUGCUGCUGCUGCUCCGCCAGAAGGAAAAAGAAGUCAUCCUCAAUACAAAUGCUACUGUCACUGCUAAUGCCAACAACCCUUCCAACCCCAACCCCCUACAAUUUGCUGCUGACCACCUAUGUCAUCAGAAUCUGCUCCUUUAGAUUCAGCACUUGUUCAUCUCAGAUUCCAUCACCCAAAUGCCAAUGGCGCCUUUCAGCACUUUGAUCUGUAGUUUAACACAACUUUCUUUUCCUUGCUCUAUAAUUAACUUGUGUCUUUGCCACCUGAAGUCAUGCUGUCCUUGAGAAAGUAUGCCUUUCAGCAGUUUGACUUGUAAUUUAACAUAACGUUCUUUUUCUUUGCUUUAUAAUUAACUUGUGUUUUGGCCACCUGAAGUUAUGCUCUCCUUGAGGAAGUAUGCAGACGAAAUGAUUGUUUUCGGCUCCAAUUAAGCAAUAGAGAUAACUGGUGAAAUCAAUGAAUCAAGGAAA